AUGGCUGAACUGGCUACUGCUGCUGCUUUGGAAACAGCAGCAGAGAGAGUUACAGAGACAGUGUGUGAAUUUGGUUGUCGGCAGAUUAACUAUAUGUUUAAGUACCGGAGCUACAUGAAGAAGCUGAAGGAGCAAGUUAAGGAGCUUGAAAUUAGAAGAGAAGAUGUGAAAGAAGAUGUAGAAAUGGCUAAAAGACAAGGUGAACAGAUUUAUAAUGAAGUUACCGAGUGGCUGAAGAGUGUGGAAGAGUUCAUGGAACGGGUAGCAAAGCUCGUUGAUGAUGAAGAUAAAGCAAAGAAGCGCUGUUUCAAAGGGUUUUGUCCUGAUUUGAUUAAACGUUACAGGCUCAGCAAAGAAGCAGAGGAGGUCGCGGAGGCAGGUGCCAGGGUCUUGGAAAAAGUAAAAUUCAGUAGAAUUUCGCACCCACCCCUUCUACGGAGGACGGAAUCCAUAUUCGUCGGUAAGGAGUACGAACACUUUGACUCAAGAGAGUCAAAUUUCCAGGAAAUUAUGGAUGCAUUGAAAGAUUCUACUGUUAAUAUGAUUGGAGUGCACGGGAUGGGUGGUGUGGGUAAAACCACACUGGUCAAAAAAGUUGCUUGGAAGGCUAAGGAAGAUAAGUUAUUUGAUGAGGUGGUGAUUACUGAGGUAACACAAACUCCCGAUCUUAAAAAAAUUCAAGCCGACAUUGCUGGUCAAUUGGGCAUGAUAUUUAGGGACCAGGACAGUCCAUUUGGAAGAGCUGAUCAAUUACGUCAGGGGUUGAAGAAGUCCAAGAGAAUCCUUGUAAUAGUAGAUAAUAUCUGGAAGAAGCUUGACCUGAUGGAUGUUGGAAUUCCUUUAAGCUAUGAUAAUAAAGGUAGCAUGACGGAACACAGGAAAGAAAGCAAUGAUGAGCAAGAGCGGUGCGCAAUAUUGUUAACAGCUAGAACGUUAGCUGUCUUAAAUCAAAUGAAAACUCAAAAGAAUAUAUCGGUUGAGCCUUUAGCUACUAAUGAUGCAAGGAGUUUGUUUGGGAAAAUUGUUGGUGAUUUAUCAGAAAAACACAGUAUAGCAGCGGAAAUAGUAGAAAAAUGUGCAGGGUUACCACUUGCGAUUACAACAAUUGCAAAUGCUUUGAAAGGAAAAAGUGAUUAUGUCUGGAAGGAUGCCCUGCAUCAGUUAAAAAGUUGUAAUCAUAGAUGCGUUCCAGAAAUGGAUAACACUUUAUACUCAACUAUUGAAUUGAGUUACAAAUUGUUGAACAGUGAAGAAGCCAAACGGAUACUUCUACUUUGUGCUCUAUAUAAUGAUACCCAUGUCGCUCACUUCUUGUUAAGAGGUAUGGGGUUGGGUUUGUUUGAAAAUGUUUACUCAGUUAAUGAUGGAAGGAAUAGAAUAAAGUCAUUGAUUGAUUAUCUCCGAGAUUCGUGUUUGUUGUUGAAAGGUAACGAUAAUGAGAUGGUCAAAAUGCAUGAUGUCGUUCAUACUGUUGUUGUAUCAAUUGCCAAAGAGAAAUAUAUGUUUGAUAUUCGAGAUGUCGAGGGCAUUAAAGAGGUGUUGAUGAACAGAAUGUACAAAGAUUCGAUUGCAAUUUCUCUGUCUAAUAGAGACAUUCAUGAGCUUCCUGAAAGGUUGCCAGAAAGAUUUAAACAACUGACGGGACUUAAGUUAUUACAAUUGUGCAAUUGUCCAAAGCUUAAAGUAAUCUCACCAAAUGUCAUAGCCAGCUUGUAUCGAUUAGAAGAGCUAUAUAUAAUUAAUAGCUUUGAUCGAUGGGAAGUUGAAGGACAAAAUAAUGCCAGUCUUGCAGAGUUGAAGGAAUUGCCUCAAUUGAACACUUUAUGCAUACAUAUUCCGACUGUGCAGAUGAUACAACAAGACUUUAUUCCAGUGAACUUAGAAAAGUAUAAAGUACAUAUUGGAGAUGUAUGGGACUGGUCUUAUGAAUAUGAAACCUCGAGAACUUUGAGGCUAAAGUUCAAUGGAAGCAGUCAUAUGAGGUAUGGGAUCGAAAUUUUGAUGGAGAAAGCAAAAUAUCUCUAUCUAGAUCAGCUGGAUGGUGUUAAGGAUAUACUUUGGGAACUUGACAGAGAAGGUUUCCCAGAAUUAAAGCAUCUCUCUGUACGAAAUGGUUCUGAAAUUUUGUAUAUUGUCAACUCGAUGGAGUGCAUUCAUUCUGAUGAUGCCUUUCCAAUCUUAGAAUCAAUGUUUCUUAUUAAUCUAGGUCAUAUGGAGAAGAUAUGUUGCGGCCUAGGUAGUGAAAAAUCUUUCAGCCAAUUAAGAAUAUUAAAAGUAGCUGAUUGUGACAAUUUGAGGUAUCUCUUCUCAUCCUCCAUGGCCAAAAACAUACUGCUGCUUGAAGAAAUCGAUGUAACUAAUUGCAAGAUGCUAAAGGAGAUUUUUGGUGAAGACAGUGAACACCAUGCUGAUGAAAACAAAAAGGUUUGUAAGAUUGAGUUUAAACAAUUGCACUCAGUGGUACUACAAGGCCUACCGCAGCUCAUAAGAUUUGGCUUGGAGGUUGUGUUACCAAGAUUGGAGAACUUGAAACUGUCCUCCAUUAAGAUUGAGAACAUAUGGGUUAAUCUACUCCAAGCAACGUCUUCCUAUAUUCAGUGCUUAAAAAGCUUAACAGUGGAAGAGUGUAACGGUUUGAAGUUUCUGUUUUCAUCUUCUAUGGUCAAAAGUUUUGUGCAACUCCAAAGGCUUGUGAUAUGCAACUGCAAGUCAAUGGAAGCAGUGAUAUUUGAGUCAGGAGAAUUAGAAGGAGCAGAUAAGAUGAUUCAAUUGAAUUUUCCUAAACUAUUCUACUUGAAGCUACAAGGGCUUCCAAAACUCACAAGAUUUGGCAUUGAAAAUCUAGUUCAAUUCCCUACCUUGACUGAACUUCACAUGGAGGGUUGCUCUAGUUUAAAGGCAUUCUUCCCCAAUUCUUCUAGUGUAGAAGUAAGCUUGGAGAACAUUCUUACUACUAAUAUAGAGCCCCUAUUUGAUGACAAGGCUGAUUUGCCAGGCUUGGAGAAGCUGAUACUCUUACACAUGGAUAACUUACAGUUGAUCUGGCACAAUCAACUCCGUGGAGACUCCUUUUGCAAAUUAAAAGAAGUGAGAGUUGAACUCUGUAAAAAUUUGGUGACUAUUGUUCCAUCUAGUAGUACUCAAGGACUUCUUACCUUUCAGAAUCUAGAAACCUUAACUGUUGAAAACUGUUGGAAUAUAAAAAGUGUGUUUCCAGUUUCCAUAGCUACUAGUCUUUUGCAACUCAAACAACUCACGCUAUGCUUUUGCGGUUUGGAGGAAAUUGUUGGCAAACAGGAAGUAGAUGGGACUCCAAGAUUUUUGUUUCCUCAAUUAACGCGGCUUAAACUUUCUGGGUUACCAGAGCUCAAAUAUUUUUACAUGGGGUCCUAUACAGCAGAGUGGCCAAUGCUUAAGGAAUUGCUUGUGUACGGUUGUAAGAAGAUAAAUGUAUAUGCUUUAGAGGGAAAGAACCAACCUGCCCUAUUUUGGUUUGAAAAGGUCGUACCCAAUUUGGAAAUAUUGGGUUUAAAUGCCGAUAACGAAACAUCCUCAUGUCUUGACCGUAUUCCAGCUAGGAGCUUUGGGAAACUUAAAUCUCUUGGGCUGCAAAGCUUGGAUGAUUAUUCAGGAGGAUUUCAGUUUAGUCUACUUCAAAAAUUGCACAAUUUGGAAACACUCUGUCUAUAUGACUGUACAUUCCAAGAACUACCCCCAUAUGCAGGAUGUACAAGGCAACAAAAUUCUCAGAAAAAAACGUUUCUCCAAAAUCUUCGAACUUUGAUAGUACACGAAUGUCAUUGUUUAACAUCUUUGAUGUCAUCCUCAUACAUUUGCUUCAAAAACAUAAAGCAUUUGGAAGUUGAACGUUGUAACGGAUUGACAAAUAUACUAGCAUGCUCAGUAGCGAGAACUCUUGUCCAAAUCACAACCGUCAAAAUCAAAGAAUGUGAGUUGGUAACAGAGGUUAUAGCAACUGAGUCUGGGAUAGAGACAACAAAAGAGGAGAUUGUUUUCAAUCAACUGGAAACGUUGGUGCUUCAUUGUUUGAAAAGCCUCACAUCCUUUUGCUCUGCCAAUUACGUUUUUCGAUUCCCAUGCUUAGAACAAGUGAUUGUGAGUCAAUGCCCCAAUAUGAAGACUUUUUCUCAAGGAGGUUUAAGCACACCAAAAUUAAAGAAGGUGCAACUAACAGAGACAAUCAAUGCAGAACCUUUUUGGAAAGAUGACCUUAAUUCCACUAUCCAACACAUGUUUACAAAUAUGCUGGGUUUCAGCAAUGUAGAGAAUCUAAAACUCUCUGAAUUCCCCAAAUUAGAAGAAAACAUUUGGAAAUCUAAAGUUUCGGACGGCUUAUUCUAUAACUUAAAGUCACUGGUAUUGGACGCAUUUUUGGAAUCAUCAAGUGCAAUUCCAUCUUGUGUGUUAAGCGGCUUAAAAAAUCUUGAAAUACUUGAAGUAAGAAGUCAUGAUUCGUUGACACGGCUGUUUGAUACAGAAAGCUCGCUAAAUGUUGAUGGACAUGGUUCAAAGAGAAGUCAUCGAGAUGUUUUAAACUUGAAGAAUUUGAAGUCUCUUAAAGUGCACAAUUGUAAUGGAUUGAGAUAUAUAUUUACACUGUCCGUCAUCCUAGGCCUUGUUCAACUCCAAGAUAUAGAAGUUAAAAAUUGUGCUUUGAUGGAAGAAAUCAUCAGGAAAGAAGGAGAAAAUGAUGCAGAGAUUGAUAAAAUUUUUAUCCCACAACUCAACUCCAUUAGUCUUGAGUCAUUGCCGAACUUGACAAGAUUCUGUUCAGGAAUUAAUAGUUUGGCUUGUCCAUCCUUGAAACGUAUUAGAGUAGCCGGAUGUCCAGAGAUUGAGACAUUCGUUUUUGCUGAUAUGAAGCACCAAUCAGACCAUAUUGCACCUCUCUUCUGCGAAAAGGUUGCUUUUCCAAGGUUGGAGGAGAUUCUGCUUGAUAACUGUUGGAAUAUAAAAAGUGUGUUUCCAGUUUCCAUAGCUACUAGUCUUUUGCAACUCAAACAACUCACGCUAUGCUUUUGCGGUUUGGAGGAAAUUGUUGGCAAGCAGGAAGUAGAUGGGACUCCAAGAUUUUUGUUUCCUCAAUUAACGCGGCUUAAACUUUCUGGGUUACCAGAGCUCAAAUAUUUUUACAUGGGGUCCUAUACAGCAGAGUGGCCAAUGCUUAAGGAAUGGAUUGUGUACGAUUGUAAGAAGAUAAAUGUAUAUGCUUUAGAGGGAAAGAACCAACCUGCCCUAUUUUGGUUUGAAAAGGUCGUACCCAAUUUGGAAAUAUUGGGUUUACAUGCCGAUAACGAAACAUCCUCAUGUCUUGACCGUAUUCCAGCUAGGAGCUUUGGGAAACUUAAAUCUCUUGGGCUGCAAAGCUUGGAUGAUUAUUCAGGAGGAUUUCAGUUUAGUCUACUUCAAAAAUUGCACAAUUUGGAAACGCUCUAUCUAUAUGAUUGUACAUUCCAAGAACUACCCCCAUAUGAAGGAUGUACAAGGAAACAAAAUUCUCAGAUGAAAACAUUUCUCCAAAACCUUCGAAGUUUAUGGAUAGACAAAUGUCAUCGUUUAACAUCUUUGAUGUCAUCCUCAUACAUUUGCUUCAAAAACAUAAAGCAUUUGGAAGUUGAACGUUGUAACGGAUUGGCAAAUAUAUUAGCAUGUUCAGUAGCGAGAACUCUUGUCCAAAUCACAACAGUCAAAAUCAGAGAAUGUGAGUUGGUAACAGAGGUUAUAGCAACUGAGUCUGGGAUAGAGACAACAAAAGAGGAGAUUGUUUUCAACCAACUGGAAACGUUGGUGCUUCAUUGUUUGAAAAGCCUUACAUCCUUUUGCUCUGCCAAUUACGUUUUUCGAUUCUCAUGCUUAGAACAAGUGAUUGUGAGUCAAUGCCCCAAUAUGAAGACUUUUUCUCAAGGAGGUUUAAGCACACCAAAAUUAAAGAAGGUGCAACUAACAGAGACAAUCAAUGCAGAACCUUUUUGGAAAGAUGACCUUAAUUCCACUAUCCAACAUAUGUUUACAAAUAUGCUCGGUUUCAGCAAUGUAGAGAAUCUAAAACUCUCUGAUUUCCCCGAAUUAGAAGAAAACAUUUGGAAAUCUAAAGUUCGGGACGGCUUAUUCUAUAACUUAAAGUCACUGGUAUUGGACGCAUUUUUGGAAUCAUCAAGUGCAAUUCCAUCUCGUGUGUUAAGCGGCUUAAAAAAUCUUGAAAUACUUGAAGUAAGAAGUCAUGAUUCGUUGACACGGCUGUUUGAUACAGAAAGCCCGCUAAAUGUUGAUGGACAUGGUUCAAAGAGAAGUCAUCGAGAUGUUUUAAACUUGAAGAAUUUGAAGUCUCUUAAAGUGCACGAUUGUAAUGGAUUGAGAUAUAUAUUUACACUGUCCGUCAUCCUAGGCCUUGUUCAACUCCUAGAUAUAGAAGUUAAAAAUUGUGCUUUGAUGGAAGAAAUCAUCAGGAAAGAAGGAGAAAAUGAUGCAGAGAUUGAUAAAAGUUUUAUCCCACAACUCAACUCCAUUAGUCUUGAGUCAUUGCCGAACUUGACAAGAUUCUGUUCAGGAAUUAUUAGUUUGGCUUGUCCAUCCUUGAAAAGUAUUAGAGUAGCCAGAUGUCCAGAGAUUGAGACAUUCGUUUUUGCUGAUAUGAAGCACCAAUCAGACCAUAUUGCACCUCUCUUCUGCGAAAAGGUUGCUUUUCCAAGGUUGGAGGAGAUUCUGCUUGAUAACUGUCGGAAUAUAAAAAGUGUGUUUCCAGUUUCCAUAGCUACUGGUCUUUUGCAACUCAAACAACUCACGCUACGCUAUUGCGGUUUGGAGGAAAUUGUUGGCAAGCAGGAAGUAGAUAGGACUCCAAGAUUUUUGUUUCCUCAAUUAACGCGGCUUAAACUUUCUGGGUUACCAGAGCUCAAAUAUUUUUACAUGGGGUCCUAUACAGCAGAGUGGCCAAUGCUUAAGGAAUUGUUUGUGUACGGUUGUAAGAAGAUAAAAGUAUAUGCUUUAGGGGGAGAGAGCCAACCUGCCCUAUUUUGGUUUGAAAAGGUCGUACCCAAUUUGGAAAAAUUGGGUUUAAAUGCCGAUAACGAAACAUCCUCAUGUCUUGACCGUAUUCUAGCGAGGAGCUUUGGGAAACUUAAAUUUCUUGGACUGCAAAGCUUGGAUGAUUAUUCAGUAGGAUUUCAGUUUGGUCUCCUUCAAAAAUUGCACAAUUUGGAAACACUCUAUCUAUAUGAUUGUGCAUUCCAAGAACUACUCCCAUAUGAAGGAUGUACAAGGAAACAAAAUUCUCAGAUGAAAACAUUUCUCCAAAAUCUUCAAAGUUUGUGGAUAGAUAGAUGUCAUCGUUUAACAUCUUUGAUGUCAUCCUCAUACAUUUGCUUCAAAAACAUAAAGCAUUUGAAAGUUGUACGUUGUAACGGAUUGACAAAUAUACUAGCAUGCUCAGUAGCGAGAACUCUUGUCCAAAUUACAACCGUCAAAAUUAGAGAAUGUGAGUUGGUAACAGAGGUUAUAACAACUGAGUCUGGGAUAGAGACAACAAAAGAGGAGAUUGUUUUCAACCAAUUGGAAAAGUUAGAGCUUCAUUGUUUGAAAAGCCUCACAUCCUUUUGCUCUGCGAAUUAUGCUUUUCGAUUCCCAUGCUUAGAACAAGUGAUUGUGAGUCAAUGCCCCAAUUUGAAGAUUUUUUCUCAUGGAGGUUUAAGCACACCAAACCUAAAGAAGGUACAACUAACAGAGAUUAUUGAUGCAGAAUAUAUCUGGAAGGGUGACCUUAAUUCCACCAUCCAACAAAUGUGUAGGAUUUGUAGGUCUUAA